CAGAGACUGCGGACGUAGUACGUUAGAUGACCAGAGACUGCGGACGUAGUACAGGAGAUGACCAGAGACUGCGGACGUAGUACAGGAGAUGACCAGAGACUGCGGAUGUAGUACAGGAGAUGACCAGAGACUGCGGACGUAGUACAGGAGAUGACCAGAGACUGCGGACAUACAACGGCAGCGGGAAUACUGGGCCGGCCCCGCUCCAAAAGACGCACAGACAUUUCCCCCCAAGUAGAGAGGAGGGGAGAGGGGGGAGAGAGAGAGGAGGGGAGAUGGGGAGGGGGGAGAGAGAGAGGGGAGGU